AUGUCUGACCCGCUCCUCACAUCUUUAUGUGGUAUUUGCCAUAUCUCAGUACCGAAAUACAAGUGCCCAAGAUGUGGCGCUCGUACUUGCUCACUCGGAUGUAUAAAAAAACACAAAGCCUGGUCUGAAUGCUCUGGCGAACGCGAUGCGACAGCCUACGUUGCCCCCUCGAAGCUUCGCACACCCGCCGGUGUCGACCACGACUACAACUUUCUCCAUGGGAUCGAACUUUCCGUCGAACGCGCCGAGAAGCUUCUCGUAGAAGAGCGCGGGAUUGUACAAGAAGAGGAGUUGCGCCCCAUGACGAUCCAAGAGGUUAAGUGGAAGCCUGGACGAGAUGGGCGCAAGCGCAAAGUUCUUGUCACCAGGGUUUUGCGUGAAGCCAAAGGUAGAUCCUUUGAGCGACAUUUGACUGCACGAUUGAAGAAGCUCAACAUCACCAUCAUGUGUGUGCCCACGGGCAUGGUCAGACAGCGAGCGAACAACACGACGCUUAACAGGCGGACGAUGAGGGUCAAUUGGCAGGUGGAGUGGAUGACUUUCGAGGAUAACACAGAUACCGAGUCGAAGAAAAUACGGGCUUUAUCCAAGGUCAUGGACGACAUGCCACUAUACCAAGCCUAUCAUACGUUCUUGGAGGAGGAACAACGGGUGAAAGGAAAACAGUCCAAGAAAAUUCCACGAGCGGGCCUGGAUGGACAAUUGCAGGACUCGACGAAUUCAACAUGGUCGUUUGGGUCGUUUGCACUUCAGGACCCAUUUUCACAGACUUGGAUGAACCACCACGAUACAGAGCCAAGCAUGUGGCCAUCGGAAAAGGACCAGGCUCAAAAACGACAGUUUCAGUACCUCCUAGUCAAUCACAGCUCACCCUCAGACAAACCCGUUGUCACCAAGCUCGACCCGGAAGAUUGUCUUCGCGAUGUGCUCAAGAACACACGUGUACUCGAAUUUCCGACAAUAUGGGUACUCGACCAUGGCCAAAGCCUCCCCUCAAACUGUACGCUGGGACCCAAGGAUACUGUUUUGGAAACCCGCAAGAGAAAGAACCCGCCUGGUAAGGGUAAGAAGGGCCCAACAAAGCCGAACAAGAGGAGAAACACAGGCAAGGAUAGGGAUAGGGAUAUAGAAGAAGGGGAGGUUAACAGCGAUGACGAAGAGUCGGAUGAUAACGCCGGUGUUGGCCUUGAGGUAGGCGAUGUCAUUGCAGAGCAGAGUCUUGGGGAAGACGAUGACGAUGACAGCGAAACAAGUAGCUCAGGGAGCGACAGUGACUGA